AUGGAUACAAACAUCGAUUCUGGUGAACCAAUUUCAACUUCGCUUACUGAGAAGACUGAUGUAACUCCACCCAGAGUUCCUAUUUCCAUGCCCAAUAUGGAGGAGGGUAGGUCUUCAAAAAUCACUAAGAACUUAUCUAAUAAGGACUUAAAUGUUACAAUGGGUGAGGAGAAUUUGGCAUCUCCUAUCGAAACUUCAACUAUUCCGCCACCACCACCUUCGUCACAACCAACCAACUUCGACAAUCAUAUCGACAACAGAUUUUGUAGUUUAUGA